AUGAAUGAAGUAGAUGAAAAGAUAAACGAAGAAAUAAAGAAAAGGGAAAAAGUUUUUAAAUCGAGUCCAUGGAGAAGUAAAAAUAAGCUCAUGAAUUAUGGUGAAAGGAUGAAGUGGGGAUUUGAUAAAGUUAGGGAUAAGUUAGAAGAAAAAGAAAGGGAUUCAUUCGAUUUGAAAGGAAAUAAAAAAUAUUAUAUGAAAACAAUAGGGACAAAAGGAACUUAUAUUAUAGAUUAUUUCAUUUCUGAUGUGUUCGUGUGGUUGUUAGUUGUUGAGAUGAACACUAGAAGAACUUAUGCCAUAUUGAGUUCAUUAAUUACUAAAAUUAAUGGUGAAUGGAAAGCACCAAAAGAAACGAAGGAGAAUAUGACAGCGUUAAAUACAAUUCAGUCACUAAAUUCAUUAAUAAUAAAUGGUGUAAACAUUAAGCAUUUAGUCUGUGACCAAGAGCCAGCGUUUACCGGUAAUGAUUUAGCAUAUUGGUGUAUAGAAAACGGAAUAACUUUGAGGGUUUACGUUAAAAAUAAAGUUUCAAAUUUUGUAAAUACCAACGAAGAAUCAAGAGGGAACCAUUCAACGCUAUCAAUUUUAGAUAGAAUCUGCCUGACAUUACGAACUAUGAACUAUAACGCAGGAUAUGGGACUAUCAUUUAUCCUGAAGUUAUGGAAUAUUUAGUAGAUGAAUACAAUAACUCACCCAACACAACGUUUAGUAAAUUUUUCAAACAUCCUGUAUCACCAAACAUGACGGAUGAAAUGGAGCGUGAAUUUUGUUUAUAUUGUGCCAAAAUGAAUUUCAUAACUCAUGAAGAACCUAACUUUGAUGUAAUCGGUCAAAGAGUGAGAAUUUAUAAUGAAGCGUCCAGUAUGGAUAAACUGAAAAAUAAACUAUUGGAGGGAAUUUUUAAAGUUAAUGGAAAAGAAGGUGGUUUGUUCGUUUGUGAAUCAUUAAUGACAGGUGAUGUUGUUAAAGUUCCUCGUUGGAUGUUAAAAGUUGUUGUUUAA